GAUGAGAAAACGAGGCCGUGGAGUUCCUCUCUCUCUUUCUCUCAGAGCCAAGAGAAAUCUCGUUGAUUGCUGUUUUCUUGUUAAUAAGAUUGAUUAAAUCGCUGGUUUUUUUUGUGUGGCGAUUGCGGCGGUGAUCCGAGGAAGGGAAAGGUUGCAAAUUGUAUUUUGAUAAGUAUUUUUACAUAAGGUGUUAGAUUUUAUAUAUCUAGUUCCCGCAUAUGGCUUCAGUUAGUAUGGUACCUUCAUCGGGCUUCAAGAACACUGGCGGCAGUAGUGUUGGUGUUGAUAGAUUGCCUGGUGAGAUGAAUGAUAUGAGAAUAAGAGAUGAUAAGGAAGUAGUAGCAACUGUGAUUGAUGGAAAUGGGACUGAAGCUGGCCAUGUAAUUGUCACAACUAUUGGUGGUAGAAAUGGUCAGCCGAAGCAGACUAUAAGCUACAUGGCUGAGCGUGUUGUAGGGCAUGGAUCUUUUGGAGUUGUCUUCCAGGCAAAAUGUUUGGAGAAUGGUGAAACAGUAGCAAUAAAGAAAGUUCUUCAAGACAAGAGGUACAAGAACCGAGAGUUGCAGACUAUGCGCCUUCUUGACCAUCCAAAUGUUCUCUCUUUGAAGCAUUGCUUCUUUUCAACGACAGAGAAGGAUGAGCUAUACCUUAACCUGGUGCUUGAAUAUGUACCUGAGACUGUUCAUCGGGUUGUCAAACAGUACAACAAGAUGAAUCAGCGUAUGCCGUUGAUACAUGUGAAAUUAUACAGUUACCAGAUUUUUAGGGCAUUGGCUUAUAUUCAUGGCAGCAUUGGAGUUUGCCACAGAGACAUCAAGCCACAAAAUCUUCUGGUUAACCCUCAUACUCAUCAGCUCAAAAUAUGUGACUUUGGAAGUUCGAAAGUCUUGGUAAAAGGUGAGCCAAACAUAUCAUAUAUAUGUUCGAGAUACUACAGAGGUCCUGAGCUAAUCUUCGGUGCCACUGAGUACACUACAACAAUCGAUAUCUGGUCUGCUGGGUGUGUCCUUGCUGAACUUAUGAUUGGACAGCCCCUGUUUCCUGGUGAGAGUGGUGUAGAUCAGCUUGUCGAGAUUAUUAAGGUUUUAGGUACCCCGACAAGAGAAGAGAUCAAGUGUAUGAACCCAAACUACACAGACUUCAAGCUCCCACAGAUCAAAGCUCAUCCGUGGCACAAGAUCUUCCACAAGAGAAUGCCACCUGAAGCCGUUGAUCUCGUGUCUCGGCUUCUGCAGUACUCUCCAAAUUUACGGUGUAGUGCUAUGGAGGCAUUGAUUCAUCCAUUCUUUGAUGACCUCCGAGACCCAAACACCCGCCUACCAAACGGGAGGCCAUUGCCUCCGCUCUUCGAUUUCAAGCCACAAGAAUUGAAAGGAGUACCUUUGGAGAUUCUAGCGAAGCUGAUCCCCGAACAUGCGAGGAGGCAAUGCUCCUUCCUAGGACUCUAAUUCGGUUCAUCGGCUGAGUACAUGAAGCUUUGUAUUCGUAUUAUUCCCCGGAAAAUAAAAAUAUGAUUUUUUUUUUUCUUGUGAGUUUGGUUGGUGAUACUUUGUGCAACUAAUGUGUGCUUCCAGUGUUGUUUUCCUUUGUAACAACCUCAUGGCAGCAAACUCUGUGUAUCACUUUGGAAAGUUCAUACUAAUCUCCCAAAUAUCUCACUUGGGUGCAAUCCA